AUGAGAGACUAUAAAGUUGUAGUAUUGGGUGCCGGUGGGGUAGGUAAAUCCUCAAUCACUGUGCAAUUUGUCCAGGGUGUAUACGUUGAAAGUUAUGAUCCUACAAUUGAAGACUCCUACAGAAAGCAAAUUGAAGUAGAUGGCAGGGCUUGUGAUCUAGAGAUUUUAGAUACAGCAGGGGUAGCCCAAUUCACAGCCAUGAGGGAAUUAUACAUUAAAAGUGGUAAAGGAUUCUUAUUAGUAUACUCGGUCACCGAUGAGAAUUCGCUUAAAGAAUUGUUAGCCCUUCGUGAACAAGUAUUGAGAAUAAAAGAUAGUGACAAUGUUCCUAUGGUAUUGGUUGGGAACAAAUGUGAUUUAGAAGAUGACCGUGUUUUAAGUAUAGAGGAUGGGGUGAAAGUGAGUCAAGAUUGGGGAUUAGUCCCAUUCUAUGAAACAAGUGCCAUGUACAAAACAAAUGUGGAUGAAGCGUUCAUUGACGUUGUCAGACAAAUCAUGAGAAAAGAAGCUGCUAUCAGUGCCGAAAAGAAACAACAAAAAGAAUUACAAAAACAACAACAACAGCAACAACAACAACAAGCUGCCGAAGGACAACAACAACAACAAAAAUCAGGAAAAUCCAAAUCGUCUGCAUCGCAAAAGGACUCAGCCACAGAUGGUCAAUCAGAUGUCAAUGCAAGAUUGAAACAAUCAAUUAAUGAUCACCCAAAGUCUAGCUCAGGAAGCAAGUGCUGCACCAUUAUGUGA